AUGUCAGAACUCGCAUUCUGCAAACAAUUCCUCACCGCCCUCGGCGCGCGCCCCAUAAAGCUCUCCUCAGACCACAUAGCCGAUGCGCGACACUAUCCCUCACAAGCAGUCUUCGUCCUCCCCCGCCUCGCACACCCACCGCAUCCCCCACGUCCGAACCGCAAAUCCAGCGAAAAUGCCCCCACAUCCUCAAUAUCCGUAACCCUCAAACCCAUGAAACCGUCCUCCCCCACCAUUCCCCUCUCGCAAAUCGACCCGGCGAAAAAUUCAAUCUACGACCUCAAGGCCGCCUACUCGACUUCUUCCUCCAUACCUGCCGCGAAGAUAAAAAUCCUAUAUAAGAAGAAGCCAGUCACAGACAGCAAGACCGUGGCGGAGGUAAUAGGAGGAGAUGCAGGCAAUGAGGUCGAGUUCAGUGUUAUGGUGAUGGGUGGUGCCGCGGCGGGGAGUACGCCGGUUACGAGUCCGCCUGCGGUGGCGCCGCCGAGUGAGGCGGAGAAGGGGCUGGUUGGUGAGGAGAGUGCGGUGCCGGCUGCGCAGGGGCCGAGCGGGAAGGAGGUCGUCGCUAGCGAGGAGUUCUGGGAGGACCUGAAGGGCUUCGUGAUGCAGAGGACACGGGAUGAGAAGGAGGGGGAGAGGUUGGUGGGGUUGUUUAGGAGCGCUUGGGAAAAAGAUAGGUAG